AUGCAAAUUGAACAUACAUUCAAAGAUUGCAAGCCAUGUCAGCUCAAAUUCAACAACAUCCAAGCACUAUUCCCCAUAAAAUCCAAUAGAUUCCCCAACUUAUUGAAGGAAAACAACCUCGAUGCUGCAAACAAAGCUAUUGAAGUCAGACUGCCAAACCAAACACAUAUAAACAGUAGCACUACUCUCCGUGAAGCAGGCGAAGCUGCAAAAUCUUUAUACAACCAAGUGAAUCCCACGUUUGAAAAGAUAACUGGCCAUUCCCUUGUUAAAGCGCUGACAAAGGUUAAAGAUCUGAAUAUUGAAAAGAAAAAAAUCAUUAGCUGA